AGGACGCUCAAGUUUUCACGCGGUGCUCCAUCAUGACACGCCGUGCUCCGCUCAUUCAGAUACUCGUCUGCGUGACGCUCGCCGUCGCGAUAGUCGCGGCCGAUCAAGAGAAGUGCAACAAGACGAAAUGCCCGGGCCCGUUGAAGUAUUAUGACCUUCUCGACUGUAAGCCGGUGUACGACAAAGAGGACGACUGUUGCGCGACAAGGUACAACUGCGAUCACUUGGACGGCAGAGCCACGGACAAGUGUUACGUCAAUGGCAAAGAAUACGCGGUCGGCGAGAACCUCAAGGACGAGGACGCGAAUCCUUGUGACAUGGCAUGCGUUUGCAGGAUGGACUACGAGGGACAUGCCUCGUUCUCGUGCGCCGUCGUCGAUUGUUUCGGCCCACCCCCGAAGCUCGGCUGCUACAAACGAAAGUCGCCGUUGAGAUGCUGCGACGGGGAAGAGAUCUGCCCCGAGAAUCCAGAGGACAGGGCUACUUGCGUCGUGGACGGGAAAACGUACAAGGACGGCGAGUAUUUCACGGUGGAGGAUGAACCGGACACCACCUGCAUCUGUCAGCCGGGAUACGAGGGUAAAAACGUCGAGCCCUUCUGCGCCAAGCCCAAACGGCCGUAUUGCAGCCCUGAUUUCCGCGACGCUUACAGCGUCCGUCAGCAUUGCGCGCCGGUUUACUACAGCAAUCAAUCGCCCCAGACCGACUGUAACCUGAGCACGAGAUGCCAGAACGCUAACGACACCGUCAUUCACAAUGGCGACAACUUGAAGUCCGCCGAGACGUCGGAUGAAAAGAACGUGUGCCUGUUCGGCGACAUGAAGAUGCAUCUCGGCGACGAGCUGAAUCAAGCUACCGACUACAAUUCCGUGUGCGUCAAGUGCGUUUGCGAGGUGCCGCCCACUGUGACCUGCCAGCGUCUGCCGGAUGAGGAGUGCGACGUCACUAAGCACCCUCCGUUUAAUAAUUAAUCGCCUUUAUCUUUCUGUGAUACCGUCCAAUUGUUUUUGUUUCGCGGCUUGUUUUUUGUAGUAAAGAUUUCUUCGUUCGACACUUUGUUCGCACGGAGAACAAACAUGCUGAUCGAACCUUUCCUCUGUCAUCUCGCCUCAUACGAAUUCGAUAACAUCGGCGGACGACCGAAAUGAAGAAGAAAAAGAGAGAGAGAGAGAGAGAUAAAGAAUGUAAUUUCAUGAUUUUCCAAAACGUAUAUAAAGCUUGAUUUAUUUCAUUGUUAAUAAAAUUGUAAUUGUAAAUGUUAAUUAUACAAUUACGCUUGUUUAAUUAAACUCUGUAACAUGAGCGUUGCAAUUUCUCUCUUCGUGAAGACAGUUCGUCUCAUCUCCAACUUUCUCUGCUUCAACAUUUCCACGGUUAUCGACCCGCUGAUGCGAUAUUCAUCGGUCGAAAUAUUAUUAAGUGAUAUUCUACUACAGAGAAAAUAUAUUUGUGUGAUUAUA